GGAGCGGGGACCAGGGACCAGGCCGGGGCCGAGGUGAUUUAGACACCCCCAGAAAAACGGUGCCUGUGAUGUUUGAUGUUUGAACGAUGGCAGCGAACGACAGCGUGAACAUCUUGAGCUCUGCUUACCUGGCAGUGGAGUACAUAGACUCUUUCUUGCCUGAUAACCCACUGCAGCAGCCGUUUAAAAAUGCCUGGAACUACAUGCUGGACAACUACACCAAGUUCCAGAUCGCCACCUGGGGAUCGCUCCUAGUCCAUGAAGCUUCGUACUUCCUGCUCUGCGUGCCUGGAUUUGUCUUCCAGUUUAUACCGUACAUGCAAAAGUACAAAAUUCAACAGGAUAAACCAGAAACAUGGGAAAAGCAGUGGAAAUGUUUCAAAACACUCCUCUUCAAUCACUUUUUCAUUCAGCUGCCUCUGAUUUGUGGUACCUAUUACUUCACAGAAUAUUUUAACAUUCCUUAUGAGUGGGAAGAAAUGCCUAGAUGGUACGUUCUGCUGGCCCAGUGUUUCGGAUGCGCCGUCAUCGAGGAUGCCUGGCACUAUUUCCUGCAUAGGUUGUUGCAUCACAAGAGGAUAUACAAGUAUAUCCACAAGGUUCACCAUGAGUUUGUAUCUCCUUUUGGAAUGCAAGCCGAGUAUGCCCAUCCGCUGGAAACGCUUAUCCUUGGAGCUGGCUUUUUUAUUGGGAUUGUUGUUUUCUGUAACCAUGUGGUUCUUCUGUGGGCAUGGGUGAUAUGUCGCUUGAUGGAAACCAUUGAUGUGCACAGUGGCUAUGAUGUUCCUCUGAACCCCCUUCACCUGGUGCCUUUCUACGCGGGGGCUCGCUUCCACGAUUUCCAUCACAUGAACUUCAUCGGCAACUACGCUUCAACCUUCACGUGGUGGGACAGGCUCUUCGGUACAGACUCUCAAUUCAUUGCCUACAAAGAAAAAGAGAAGAAGCAGCAGCUCCUAAAGAAAAAGAAGGCUAACUGAGCUUCCAGUGCAAACCUACUGAUGCUAAUACUGGCAUUCUACUUUGCUUUCCUUUAAAGCAAAAUGAUGGUCGGGUAUUAAGCAUAAAUCGUGUUCCUUGGCUACUAAGUGGUAGGGAAAAACUGCUAAUUACACUGCAGUAUCUUCCUAAUGGGAAUGCUUUCUAUUUUAUACGUAAGUGCUGCAUAUGUAUGUUAACUAAAGACUUAAAGAUGAUGAAGAAAAUUUUAGGUCACUUGGGUCCACUUGUGUGUGGAAAUUUUAUUCAAUGUUAUCUUUAUUAUUGCCCACUUUGGAUCUAGGUUGCAGUUCUAAAUGUACACCAAAAUUGGAUGUAAUUUUUUAAAAAAUACUACUUAAAUUUGUAAUAUGAAAACAGCAGAACAUAUGAGCUGCUGUCAGCACUAUGUUAUUUACAUAAUGGAUAAAAUUUGCUUAAAACCAAAACAUCUGUUAAUAAGGAGCUUGGGCAGGCCGUUUGCGCACUGAAUAAUGCGAACUGUUAAUAGCAGAAGAGCUGGCUGAAUGUUAGUUAGCAGAGACAUUCCUGAUCUUGAUUUAUUACAUUAUUUUAGAUUACAGAUAGAAAGGAUAGAAAUUUUUAUUUGAAGAAACCAUUUUUGCUGCUCUCUGAAGUUGCUCUGUCAGUGUAAUUAGCAUUUACAUUACAUUCCUUUCUGUGUGUUGUAAUAUGCUGAACUGACUUGUUGCUAUAUUUGCACUUGUGACUGAUGGAAUAAAUGUGGUUUUGGUUUGAGGUGUAUUAGACCUUUCAUAUGUUUUUAAUACAAAGUGACAAAAAUGGUAGAAUAUGAUGUAUAACUGUUAAUGAAGAAGGAUUAUUUUUAAGUGGCUUUCUAAAAAGUUUACAGAUUAAAUGGUUUUAUAGAGACAGUAAAAAAUAGAAGCUUUGAGAACAUCUUGUGAAUUAUUUGAUUUUGUGUUUUGAAGGACUUAACUGCUACACUGGGUAGCUSUAGCUCUUGAGCCAAGCACACUUUCAAGUUAGGCUAAAGCUUUUACAGGUCAAGGACCUUUAGGUGUUAAGAUUCUGGUUUGUACUACUGAGAAAC